UCCGAUUUCAUUCCCUUCUACGGUUCUUGGCCAAAAUGCGUCUUGCCACGGGUUCUUGGGCUAUCCUUCAGUUGACACAUAGCACCUCCCAUCAGAUCAGAAAAGAUGUAUACGCUUCUUCAGGCCCCACCUGCUGGGCUGGCUGUAUCAAUAUGCGGUUUCAACUAAGGUCCUACAACUUUCGACAACCAAUCGGAAAAUGCACCCGUUCUCCAGAAACCUAUUUCUAACAGCAACUGCUUCUGUUAAACGGAAGGCAUCGAACUAGCCAGUCCCAUCCUUACGCCAUGUCUGCCACUUUUACCUCCAAGCAGCACAGUCCUUGGCCUAAUCAACGAGCAAGAGUGCAUCCUAGAAGAUGGUCCUUGAAGUUUUGGAAUCCACGAAACCGUUUCGACAUGCGUCGCCCUCAGUCUGUUUCAUCAAGCGAGGAUGGCGCUGAUUCUGCAGGUCUCGAGUUAUCCUUCCCCGCGAGGCCAUCCCCUUGCUCGUCAUUGACGGAAAUCGACUCGCAGGAUCGCUAUCGCCCCCGUCGAUCGAUCACGCAGUCAGCCUCCAGCCUUGCUGCACCAUCCCGCGAUGAGAUAGACACUCCUGAUAAAGACUACGUGUCGGUGUCGAGCUGUUCGCAUGUCGCUAGAAGUAUAGUAGAGAUCGUCGAACGGGAGGUUACCGCAGUUGCCAGCUCACCGAACCCUAUGCCUGCCUCGAUGGUGGUCACCGAACAAGACUACCCUCGACAUUCGAUCUCCAGUCGUGGUGAUUCUUCCUUCAGCCAAACUUCUCCUUCUCCCGGUGUUAGCAGCAUUGAUCCCGACGUUGCGAGUACUAUCCCUCAUAUUGUCGUCUCAGGGGACACAUCACCAAGAUCUGCAGAACCAUCGCUGUCUACGCCUGAUGUUCUAUGUAGCCCCCAGAAUCUGCCGACUUUACCGAUACCGGAGCCCACAACUAGGGAGACCACUGGUCGAGUUGCGGAGUCCAGCGAAUUGAUGGUCCUGACGCAAAACAGUACCCUCGCGUGUACAGAUGAUUGGUCCAGGGACGAGAAAGAGUUCCAAGAAUGUCUUCCAUGUGGCAUAAGCCACUACGCCAGGAAGUCUUACAUAGAUGAAUGGGCCAUAGCAAAAUUCACAGUGCCUGCUAUGCAAAUCGAAUUCAAUACAUGCAUCUCACCUCAAACGGGAGAGAAAGUUCUGCCUGAGGGUUGGACAAAGCAUACACAUUCAGACGGGAAGCCAUAUUUUUAUCACAAUAAAGAUAAAGUAAUCACUCAGGAGUGGUUGUAUGACACAGACAUUGCCGAGAAGGUAUCUAGAUACACCAGCAUACUCAGUGACGCCAUUUUGAAAAGGGCUAAAUCAUUUGGUCGCAUCAAAUCCUGGCAUCUAUAUGUAGAAAUCGCCGAAUACGAUAAACCUUCGUGGGAAGGUGAUAACUGCUGUCGCUGCAAAUACUACUUUACCAACCACGAUGAGGAAUGCAUCUUCUGGCUCUCCGAGUGCCCACUGGAUGAUUAUCUAUGGGAAUUCAGGGGAGAUAUGAACCCAGAUUUCAUUCGCAAAUAUUGGAAUCACCAAUAUUUUUUCAGCGACAUUCACCCACUUACGGAAGCGCAGUGGAAGACAGUCCAAAAAUACGUCUUACUCGCGGAAUCAGAUGUAAACAUGUCUGACACUUCAACUGUGACUUGGAGCAUCGAUAAACUGAAGAACAUGAGCAAAAACAUUAUCAUAGCAGAAAGUAAGGCAUCGUACUUUAGUAAUGAGAUUUCCAUCAACGGAGCUCUCGUCCCAGAAUUGAAUGUUUCCGAAGUGGCAGCGUCGUACAUGAUGGCUUUGUUACGUGACCAGAUUCUCAACUAUUACGGUCAGCGGGAUGCAAGAACCGAUCGGGGUGAAUCUAUUUACGGAAACGAUCAUGUAAAUGAGCCGCGCACCGUUCCGUUCAAGAUAGCGAACCCCUUGCUAUUCUAUGCGCCGAUUAAACAUUAUACUUCUCUGGAUAAGGUCUGGGUGGAUAGACUCAUUUCAAAGGGGCCGUGGCAGCGUCUCAUAGAGCAGAUUACGGACAAAUGGCAACAACAUGUCGGACUGGCUACAAUCCUUCUGGCAGUUAACAUGGCUUUUCUCGCUAUACCUUCGGUCGACGAGAUGGGUGCAGGUCAACAGCACCAUUUUUUGGUACAGGUCCUGUGCUAUUUGUCUGUCGCAAGUAGCAUGGGAACUAUCAUCAUCGGCCUUCUACUUAUGAGCCACCACAAUGCCAUGAAAUAUGUCGGCGUUGACGUUGUGACGUCUUUUCUUGAGCGGCAUUGGCAGAUGAGACUAGGGUUUGAACGAUUGUCGAUCGUGUAUAGCAUCCCCUAUGCACUUCUUAUGUGGGGGAUGGUAUCUUUUCUAGCAUCAUUCUUUUUGAUGUGCUUGGAAUCUUCCAAUCCCAUUUUAUUGAAGGUUUUCGUGAUAUUAGCGCUCCUUCUGGGAACCGUACUUUGUCUGUGGUGCAUAUACUUGUUCUGGGAGGGAAGCGACGAGUGGAUACAGCGAUGCUUUGAGCUGCAGCACGGAUCUCUUUCCAGUUUAAAGGCUACGCUGCGUUCAAUCCUGUCGUAUGAUAACAUCUGCCGAUUCCGCGAUAAAAUCCGAAGGGCGGCCUUUCGAACGACAGAAAGUAUCUUACCUACCACCGCUAGCGGGGUGGUAUGAGCUGACGAUAAAACAAAAUGGGGUCAGAAGUUUCCUAUAUCUUUCUUUUGUACUUGAACCCGUGUAUAUAUUCCUUUGUAUGCUCCAUGUUA